ACUGGGAACGCAACUACUGGACCACUAGUUAUAUAGGAAUGCUGGAGAAGCUCAAGUCGAUCUGGGACGCUGAAGACGACAGCACAAUGCAAUUAGUUGAUGUGGAGCUAGAGAAACACACGGAGAGCAGGACAUCCACACACAGCUCAAAGCUUCUGUCUCACUCUAUCGAGGAAAUACUGAAAAAACCGUCCAGUUUGACAGUCCGACCUGACAGAACAGACAAGAAACUUAAAACAUCUGGAUGUACACAGACCAACAUAAAGCCGGACGCUCCUAAAAUCAGCCAAUGCACAGCUCGUGGGUCCGGUCACAGACGGGUACGGACCACAUUCACAGUGACCCAGCUGGAGGAGCUGGAAAGAGUUUUCCAGGAAACACACUAUCCUGACGCUCACACCCGAGACCGGGUCGCCUGUCGAACGCAGCUCUCCGAGGGACGAGUGCAGAUCUGGUUCCAGAACCGACGGGCGAAGUGGAGGCGCAGUGAAGCUAAAGCCGCGCACAGACCGCUAGCAGUGUUGAGCGAUGCAAAACACACUCACCACCUCCUGCCUCCUGUCCUCUAUGUUCCGUGCCGGAGCUUUCACCAGAGGUUCUGGCUGUCGGAGUCAAUCUGUCCUCCCAUUGGCUCUCCUGAAUAUCAUCGUUCAUACUUUUGACCUUUCAUAGGUCUGCCACCAUUCACAAGACAUUUUCAGCUUCAGUGUUAUGAAGAUCAAGGCCUUUUUGGAUCUAUUCUUUCCUUUUGGAUUAAAAACACAUUUAAUAUCUUGUAUCA